AGUGGAAUUCUCGAUAAGGAAGAUCUUCAGAUCACGCAUCAUGCUACGAUACCUCAGACCUCAGCAGUUGAUUCAGGUUGAUUUGUAACUUCAACACGAGUUCAACUUUUACCUUAUCGUCAAAAGUUUCUUGCAUUUAGCGAAUUUUUUGUUUUUUUAUCUUAUCUAUUUGCUUAAGACCUCACUUACGAAUUAUCAUUGAGGGCAUUAUAUUAGAAUAAUUGUUAACAUUCGCAAGUCAUUUAAAACCUGAAAAAUUUAUAAAUCCCGGCUUCAAAUCGAAAUCGUUCGAGUGUCUGUUAAGUGAAAUUUGGUUCCAUGCAAUAAGUGAAUAAACAUAACAUUAACAUGGCAUUCGUGCGAAAAUUAAAAAAUUUCUCGUCGUUCGUAAUUCGUUCACCUCUAAUCAAAGCUCCUGUUAAUAGAGCGUUAGAUAAGCCUUUUUCUCACGUCAGACAUACAUCCACAAGUCAGCCAAAACACGACAAACAAGAGGUGAAAGUCACAUUCAUACGAGCAAGCGGAGAAAGGAUUGUAGGAAAAGGCAAAGUAGGAGACAGUUUGUUAGACAUUGUUGUAAACAAUGAUAUUGAUUUGGACGGCUAUGGUGCUUGCGAGGGAACCUUGACUUGCAGUACAUGCCAUUUGAUCUUAUCGAAAAACGAUUACGAUUCUCUUCCGGACAAGCCGACUGAUGAAGAAUUGGAUAUGCUCGAUCUGGCGUACGAUUUAUCGGAUACAUCCAGAUUAGGCUGUCAGAUAAUCAUGACCAAAGAAUUGGACGGACUCGAAGUACACGUACCAGCAACGAUCAACGAUGCAAGAUCGUAAUGCAGCAUAAGUUGUAGGCAAUUUUAGGACUUGUAUGGAAAUUGUGGAAGGAUCAAAGUCAUUCUAAUUCGACUCGAAGUCUUCGUCCUUGCGAGCGAACCGUUUUCUUAUCGAUGAUUAGAUAUGUAAUGAAAUCGGAAUAGUUCAAGAUUCUUUUUCUGUAUAUACGUAUGUGAUGACGUAUGAACAAAGGAGAAAAAACUUCGUUUUAAGAAGAUCGUAUUCGUCACUUGUAAAUGGAAUAAAAAAUAUUUUCUAGCAACAUA